AUGAGUGGUUUUGAUCUUUCAAGUCGGAAUAUUAGUCUUAAUGGAACUAUAUUGAGAGCUACUUGUAAACGAGCUGAUGGUACAACGGAUUCGCAUGCAACACUCGAUCUUAAUUCGUGCAUUGCCAACAUUAAUGGAAGUUUAGUUCCAAGAUCUGGCGGAAAUUUUGCUGCAUCAUGCAGUCAAAUACGCUUAAACGGCACAGUACUCAGUUGUAUGGCAAAUGGUAUUGAUGGCAAUGAGGUUUCCGCUCAACUCGAUCUCUCAAACUUUAUCGCGAACUCCGAUGGAGAACUUGUUGCCAGCGAAUGA